UCGCGUCGUGCGAGUCAGUUUAGGCCUGCCGGUACGUUCGGCGGGUAAAGUGCGACGCUCGUCGAGGUUUCCGUGCUAAAAUCGUUUUACCUAAAGUACAAGUAACGAAAAAGAACGAAAGCGUGUAUCACGUAAAGAACAGAGACAGUUAGUGGUAGAAAAGCGGUGAGAGAUCUGUGCCGUGUCUGGAUUAUCAACACAUUAUCGUAUAGGGGGUGCCAGUGAUAGCGCUUGAACGAUUCACGAUGAAGCUCUUCAUGAUGGCGGCUCUUGCCGUCGCGAACUCGCUUAAUGUGCACGACUUCCCCAAGACGGCAUUUUCGUGCCGUGAUAAAAACGCCGGAGAAUACUACGCUGACCUUGAGCUCGGUUGCCAGGUCUAUCACAUCUGUGCCCUUGGGCAAUUUAACCGGUUGACAAAAAUGAGUUUCGCCUGCCCUAAUGGCACGUUGUUCUCGCAAAGCUCAAGAAUCUGUAACUCCGAGGACAAGGUGUACUGUCCACUAGCUGAACGCUAUUACGACAACGUGCAGGGCACCAUCGACACUCAGGAUGACUACCGUUCCGUGUUCAAGGUCGACACUCAGCCGGUAUUCCCACUAGAGCCGACUCGCAGACGGCGUCCCGCUAUAUCUGUGUCUGAUGACGACUAUGACGACGAAGGAACUACGGCCUCGCCGCGUCGCUCCUCAAAUCGGCGCCAGCCCUUGCGCCCAACCACAACAACCACAACAACACCUGCUCCUCGCCCAAGACCACCCCAGCGUCAGUUUACUCCCCAGAUUCCUCAGCCGGUUCAGUUCGAGCCGCAACCGCCGCAGGAUUUCCGUCCUCCAGCUGGUGCAUUCCUUCCUCCCCGGACCAAUAGCCGGCCUUCAUCACCUGUAGUUAGACCUCAGCUUGUCGUUACGCAGACGCCCGUUGAGUACGCUACCCCUCAGCGAUCUGCUAUUCCUCAGUUCGGCCCUGCACCUCCAGCACCGCCGCCGCCUUCUCCGGCUGGCCUCAUUCCACGAGUCCCAGGAACCCUUCCGUCGACCCAACGACCCGAAAACCUCCAAACGCCAAACCGCUUGACACUGAACCGACCCAGCAUUCGUCGACCCAGCCCAUUUGGCGGCGCCCAGACCACGACGCCCACCCCGACGACGACGACGACAACCGUCGACCCGAACGCCGAAUAUGAAUACUACGAUUACGAAGAGAACACCGACGGACAGAAUAACUCGCAGCAGUAACCAUUGCAACGACACUUAUUAGCUGUCGUACAUCCGACGGUUAUAGGCCAGCAGCUGCGUGUAGCGGAAAAACUACCAGUACAAAUGUGGUAUGGUGGUGACCAUGAUUAAGAAAAACGAAUUGCAAAGACUCGCCGGUUUAGACUCGUUUGAUCUAGUUCAAUUUGCCACAAGAUAUAAACAAACGGAUAGUGCAGUAUUCUUACUAAAUACUAUUCAGUGGAUCGGUCGACACAUAUUGCCUUAUCACUAUCAAGGGUGAUAUGAGAAGAACGCGCAAUUUUACGCUGUAGCCGAUGUCAGCCGAUCGCUUGUGGGCAGGUUUGUGGAUUCAGUGUUGUAGGUUAACCGAGACAUGGUCACCCACACAAACAGCCUGGCCCAUGGAUGGGACUUUUGUUAGUGACCGUGUCGUGUCACCCCGUCGAAAUUACGCACUUACGUUAAGAACGGAAGAUAUCUACUGAAUUGUGCGCAGACUGUGUAAACGACGAAAGCGCCAUAUUGCUUCCAUGUCUGACUAGGCAAAAUUGGUUGUUAGAGAUUAGUGAAUAGAGAAACGGAGACGGAAGGCGGCGUGUGCGUGGCAAAAUCCUUUACAUACAGCGGUCAUGUCCAACAACACGUUGGAGUGAUAUUAAAGCAAAUACACCUAUCCAUCCUCGAGUUAUACUCCUAGAUAACCAGUUAAUAACAUGGGCUCGAGACCUUGAGGCCCCCUUGUAGGGAACAUCGCAGAUAUUGUUUCAUGGUAUACUUUGAUAAAUUUUGGAGUUGAUUCCGGUUAGCACACACGUCAAUCAGCUAGAGUAGAAUGACAUAGGGGUGAAAACGAGUGAAGAAGAAGAAAGCUCCAUCCGCUUACCUCUGUACACUAAGGGAAAUAGAAAGACUAUAACUCGAAGGGGCUUGUUAGGGAAAGUUUGCCACAUGUGAUGACAUAUGUUUGAGAGAAAACCCUUAUAGUUAAUUAUGCAUAAUCGUGCACGAUCUAUACGUACAGGAGAAAAUGAGUAUCAAUCGAGCACAGACGAAUUCAAAGGAGUAAUAUCACACAGUAAGAUUGCUUAGAUAUUAUUAUCAUUAUUAACUAUCACUAUUAUCGUUGUGUAGUUCAUCUAAGUCAUAUUCAUUCUACAGAGGAAAAGACAAACCAGUCAUCUGAUCAAGCGGGAGGCCAAGGCGACCACGAGUAAGUUCGUCGGCCGAGGUUCUGCUGAAAUCGUGUUUUAACUUAUGAAGAGACAUGAGUUUUUGGUUUUCGGCAUAAUGAUGCAAGGUAACUAAUAUUACUCGUUUCGUUUGAGCGAAACGCACGAGCCCAACCCACAUUGGGGGCGCUUGAACAGCUCAAUCGGAGAACCUAUUUCUGCGAGAGUUUUAUAGACAGAGGAACUGCAAUGUUUUAAUACAGUUAUAUCCUGCGAUGGUCCUACUUUCACUACCUCGCUAAACAUCGCUCUAUUUCGUUAUGUUUAAUUCACACAUUUACGUCUAUUAACUUGUUCGUUUUCAAUUGAUGUUCUCAAUUUCAUUGGCUUGUAUUGCUAGACUUCCUUAUCAUGUCAUCUUUUACUUUGUAAGUUAUGCUGUCUACAGAUCGCUGAAUUGUGAGCAAUGUGCCUAUCGAGCUUUUUCUAUCCAACAGCUUAAAUACAGCUUCUAAAUUGACCAGACGUCUGUAUUCCAUUACUUACUUUCCGUCUAUCCACUUCCGAUCAACGGAACAUCUGCGUCGGUCAGUUUUUUCAAAACUCACAACAAACAACGUACGGCUGUUGUCGCACGCCGCAUUAUAUCCGGUAGGCUAGUAAAUUUAAAUUAUUAAGGCUUUGAAUGAAGCAUAAAUUGAAGUUUGUGAUAGCGCCGCGGACGAAAUAAAGCAACGAAAUUAAGGAUGGGUACACUCUGUGGAGAACAGAGGGUACCGAUGAAAAUCACAGAUGGAGAGAAGAUGAGACCACAUGUCACGGAAGUACAUGAAGACGGCUGAGCGUCAGAUGGAGAACAACUUGUUUAAAAAGAUUUAAAAAAAAAAAAAACGAGCAGGACAAACCUGUAACACCUUGACGUAUAUUAGUUUACUUUGUACACACAAAGGUGCCAUUUCUGGUUGUGAAGCAAAAAAAAAA